AGAGUGGCCUGAGCGAUAAAAUACAUUGCCGCCUUUUAUUAAUUGUAAUUUUGUUACAAUGGCCGAAUCUAAUGGAUCACCGAAGAAGAGAAAAGUAGAUGAAGAUGGCACGGAAAAGAUACUCUCAACAAUUAAAUUUGAUACAAUUCUGAGAAUAGACACUGAAAAGAAGAACGCUUUUUUAGCAGGAUCUGGAGAACAAGGCGAUGCUGUGAUCGCCUUGGAAAAACAGCCAUUUUCUAAGGAGACAGCAGCAGAUAUUUUGGAAGGAGAUAUAUCUAAUGAAUUAAUUUUUAAAAAUGAUGUUUAUCAUACAUUUAAACUCUUCCCGAAAAGCAAUCUUAAUUUUAUUAAAGCAACUUUGACAUAUCCGGCAACACAAAAACAUAUUUUAAAGUAUAGUGAUCAGAAAAGGUAUGUCAUCGAAGAGACAUCUAAACUCUAUAAUGAUGUGACUUUACCAUUUAUUCUACAAGAGCAAAUGAAUAUUGAGUGGGUGUUCAACAUUCUUUCAAAGAAAACCGAAUCUGAAAGAAUUGUUUAUGAAGAUCCUGACCCAAAUGUUGGUUUCAUAUUACUUCCUGAUAUGAAAUGGAGUGGGUUACAAUUGGAAGACAUGUAUUGCGUCGCCUUAGUCCAUGCAAGAGGUAUCAAAUCGAUUAGAGAUCUAGAUGAUAAACAUCUACCCCUAUUAAAAAAUAUUAAAAUAAAAGGAUCUGAAGCAAUUCAGAAAAAAUAUGGUCUUGAAUCCAAUCAACUAAGAAUAUACUUUCACUAUCAGCCAUCCUAUUACCACCUUCACAUUCAUUUUAACAAUAUAUCUUACGAGGCUCCUGGUAGUAAUGUAGCCACUGCUUACUUACUUUCAGAUGUCAUAAAUAAUAUCGAACUGAUGAGUGACUACUACAAAAAAGCGACUUUAUCGUUCGUUUUAAAAGAACAACACAAGUUACUUGAGAAGUUUAAAUCCCAUUCUGAAGAAAUUGCGAUAGAAUGA